AUGACUCCGGGGCAGGUUGCUGAGCAGCAACAGCGGGGCCCGCCCAAAUUGGGAAGCUUCGCAACCUUGGAGGGGCCAUGCUCUCCUGCAGCCCUCCGUGCUGCUGCUGACAGUUUGGCUGCAUCACCUCCCCAGGGCCUCAACCGACAAGAACUCCAGCGCUUGGAGGAUGCCCCGAAGCGGAUUGUGGAGGCUCGCGAAGCAAUCGCAGAGGCCAAUGCGAACAAGCAGGGCCCUCGACUCUUUGGAGCUGUCAGGAAAUAUUUGGAAGCGUCGCGAUCUCUUCUUGUAGGGAGCUCGUGA